UGGCAAUUGUAAGUGACAUGGACGAUUGUUGUAUUGUCUCCUUCGAAACCGGAAAUCGUAAGGAGUAGGCCUAUUGCCGAGUGUGUUCUUGUUCUACUAUUUUCUCUGGAACAAGAAGCUUGACUGGGCCUCUGUGAUUGUUGUUAUUGUUUGACACUAGAGGCCUUCUACUACCUGGUUCCGUACGAGCUGUGGAUUUACAAGCCCAGGUGACGUGGUAACGAUGGUCUCUACCCUACUUGGAGGGAAUCUACUCAAAGCUGUGCUUUCGAGUGGGAGCCGUUCUCUGGAGGAGAGAGCGUAGAACCAACCGGAGUUGGCUCGUGCACAGAUAUCCUCGUGCACUGUGUACUCGCUGGUGGUAGGCAAAAGAGCGACACACGGUGUCGGGACUUCUAGAAUCUGUGGUUGGCUAAAAGCAACGCGCACUUUGAGGACAACUGAGAUCGAUGGUGGCCAGAGAGUGACAUGCAGUCCCAACCCGACUGGAAUCCCAGGUAGGCAGAGAACGACACACGCAGUCUCAAGGCGGUGUGGAUCCCGUUAAGGGGUAAAAAAGUGACACUGAGUCUUGAGAGAACUGGGAUCCUUGGUAGGCACAGAGCUACAUACGGCGUUAAGACCACCGAGAUCCUUUUUCUUAUCAGAAAGUCUGAAACCUACCCCUGUUCAUGCCAGUUUUGAAUAUAUCUGGACUUCGAGAUUCAAGGGUGUAUUUCCUUUUCUUUUCUUUUCUGUUCUUUUUUCUUUCUUUUUUUGUUGUUGUACCACUUUCCAGAGUUUCUUGACACAUCAGAAGUGUGCUCAGUUUCAGAGAUGACCGCGUUGACAGGUUAUUCCAGUUGAUGUUGAUGUUGUUACCUACACCCGGGAGACGUACUUUUAUUUUUGGGAUUGUACGUAGCUCCUAGGUGUGGCUGAGGCAAGCUUUUGCCAGCGCACCCAGCACUGCUCAUCCUGGUCACUCUUUUGACCGAGUCCUGGGAGGGAGUCUGUGCGUCUACCUUGUGCUACUGGAGAUCUACGCUGCCUCGCCGCCAUGGACCGCUGCAGCAAGUUCAAGGUGUUCAACCUGCUUAUCGUGUUCUGCGUCGUGAAUUUCUUCAUCUAUCGGAUCUAUAGUUCGCAAGACACUUCUUCCUCCCCCACGCCCUCGGCCACUCGGGCUGUCGCCGCCUCGCUCCAUGGCAACAACACCCACAGCAGCAACAACGGUAAUCAAGCUACGGGGAAUGCCAUUGGGGCAAGUAGCAGUACGAUUACCACGCUGAGUGUGGGUCAGCACACAUCUUCUCAGAUAUUGGCCACCGUCAGUAAUGUGACGGGUGGGUCGACCAAUGUGACUGGAAAGGCUCCGAACAGCACGUCCGUGGGGCCUGGGGCCAGUUCCGGUCAGCUACCGCUGUGUCCACUCGUGCCACCAAACCUAA